UAGGCGUCUCGCCAUAUUCGUUGUUCUUUUAGAUUAGCGGACGAGGGAGCUUCGCGAAUGGGAGAAACAUAUGCCAUCAACGCCGGCGAUCAGCCACCGGCUAGGACGGUGCUCUGUAUCGGAGAUAUCCACGGCUAUUUUUCCAAGCUCCAAUCCCUUUGGUCCAACCUCGAGGCUGCAGUCGGCACCGCCGCCUUCCAAACUGCCCUGGUCAUCUUCCUCGGCGACUACUGCGACCGCGGGCCGCAAACCCGUGAAGUCCUCGAAUUCCUUUUGUCCCUCUCUUCUCGUUACCCUAACCAGUCUCACGUCUUCCUUUGCGGCAACCACGAUUUUGCCUUCGCAGCAUUCGUCGGCGCACUUCCACCGCCGCCGGAUGGAUCCCCCUUUUCCGCUACAUGGGCUGAAUUCGAGCUCAACAAGGACCGCGAGGGUUGGUUCGAGGGCGAGGGAUACGAAUUUAUGCACGUCCAGGGAAGGCGGUGGGGUGGAUUCAUCCGGGAUAAGUGGAACCCCAAGAAGAACAUGGCUUAUAAGGGUUCCAUCUACGACGGCGAACCUACUUUCAAAUCCUAUGGUGUUGCUCACGGAUCACCAGAUUUGGUUAAGGCAGUGCCUGAUCAUCAUAAGAAGUUUCUGGCAAGCUUAGUUUGGGUUCAUGAGGAGGACAAUGUAUGGAUUGAUCACUUGGGGGGAAGGUUAUGCUGCAAACUCAUAGCUGUUCAUGCUGGCUUGGAAAAUUCAAGAAGUGUUGAUGAACAGCUAAAAUUUUUGAAAGCUAAAGAUACAAGCAUCCCAAAGGUGGCUGAUCUUAGCGGGAGGCAUAACGUAUGGAACAUACCUCAGGAACUGACCAAAGAACCAACCAUAGUGGUGAGCGGUCACCAUGGAAAGCUCCACAUUGAUGGUCUCCGUCUUGUUAUUGAUGAAGGUGGUGGGAUUGAACAGAACCCCAUUGCUGCUAUUGUGCUUCCUUCCAUGAAAAUUGUUCGCGACACAGAUAACAUGCUUGUGUAGCCAUGAUCUCCUGUAAUGCCAGAAUACAAUAGGCAGGCUAGUCACCAAUGCCCAGCUGCGCAAAGCCAAAAAGACAGGGCAAUGCUUAUAUUUCAUAUAUUGUAAGUAGAAGCCUUUCAUGAUAGAUGCCCUUUACAAUAAAAAUAUUUUACCUACUUGAAUUUUGCAUUUUUGUUUUUUUUUUCUCAUGCAAAAGUUUUAAGAGAAAAAUAUUAAA